GCGUUGUCGACAUAUUAUGCAGUGAAUACAAUUCAUACGACACAUCCCAGGUUUUGCGACCGUGUGUUUGCGACCCACUUGGCGUGGAUUUCCGUGAUUCGAGCCAUCAUCUGGAAUAUAUUAUAUUAUAUAUUGGCUAUCCGAAAAUGGAUUCGGCGGAUGUAUCCGUGGGGGUUGCGAAGGACAAUCGUCCAGCAGUACGCCGUGUCAGCCCUAUAAAAGAUUUCCUAGCUGGCGGAUUUGGGGGAACAUGGCUAGUUAUUGUGGGACAUCCCUUGGACACUAUUAAAGUGCGGCUGCAAACGCAACCCAAAGUUGGCCUUGCUCAGGUCCCUUUGUACAGGGGAACUUGGGACUGCUUUCAGAAAACUAUUAAAACAGAGGGCGUUUUGGGCCUAUAUAAAGGGAUGGCAGCUCCCUUAACCGGUAUUGCACCAAUUUUUGCUGUUUGUUUCUUGGGAUAUGGCAUCGGUAAGAAACUCCAACAGAAAACGCCGGACGAGGAGUUAAGUUAUCUGCAGUUGUUUCAAGCCGGAUUGUUAGCGGGGGUUUUCACUACCGCGAUUAUGGCUCCCGGUGAACGCAUUAAGUGCUUGCUUCAGAUCCAGCAAGGAGCAGCUAAGCCGAAAUAUUCUGGCCCAGUAGAUGUCGUUCGCCAGCUUUAUCGGGAAGGUGGCAUCCGAAGCGUUUUUCGUGGAACGGGGGCAACUUUACUGCGCGAUGUUCCCGCUAGUGGAGUGUAUUUCAUGACAUACGAAUGGUUGAAGAAAAAGGUUACCCCUCCUGGUGGGAAUUCGACCGACGUGAACCCAUUGCGCGCUAUUUUUGCUGGCGGUACUGCCGGCAUUUUCAACUGGCUUGUGGCAUUGCCACCGGAUGUUCUGAAAUCCCGGUUCCAGACGGCCCCGGAAGGAGCCUACCCUAACGGUAUUCGUGAUGUGUUUCGAGAAGUCAUGCGCGAAGAAGGAAUAGCUGGUUUUUAUAAGGGAGCUACACCAGUUCUGCUCCGUGCUUUUCCAGCAAAUGCGGCGUGCUUCUUGGGUUACGAAGUCGGAAUGAAAAUCCUCGACAAUAUCGCUCCCAAUCUCUAGUUUAGUGUUGGACAGGAACUGCGGUUUCAAAACUGAAAAUGGAAUCGUGUUAGUUUGCGAUACAGACAGUAGCAAAUAAGGUUUACAGAUAAUAACUUCUGUGCAUUUUUCGGGUUGUUUUAUUUUUUAAUCUUGUUCUGUACUUGCCUUCUUGAGGAAUUCCUCGGCACAGACUCGAGCGCGAGAGUUCAGCGUCAGCUUCAUGUCGCUGAUUUCUUUAUCGAUUUCCUCCAUAAAAUUUAUAACAAAAUCCACCAG